UGAAAUUCCGAGGCUUCUCGUCUGCUAACACGUCGUCUGAUAUUUGACAGUAAAUUUGACAGGUGGCAGACGACAAUGCAAAUGAUCACAACAUUUGACAGAUUUUAAAAUAAAAUUGUUUUCAAUACCUUCCGGAUAACAUCAUGGAAGAUAACAGGAAAGAGGAGUACAAAGAUGAAUCGAUUUUAUACGAGCUCCUCGAGUACUACGUCAGAAAACAGGAUCCGGAAUUAUCCCGAUGCAAGAAUGAUGCAGCUAUCUUACCAGCAACUGGAACAAUAAAAAAUGCUCUCAAGUAUCUGAACAACAGAUACUCGCUACCAGAAUGCAUAUCUUUGGAGAUCGGACUCACUCUACCCUGGAAAUUUGCUGUCGGAGAUAGAGGAAGCCUCUUGGCUAUCCUGCAGGAUAAUUUGAUUGAAAUAAGAAAGUCGAAAGACGAGUAUUCAUCUGUAGUCGGCAAAGCUUCUGUUCCUAAGGAUGCUUUUCCACAGUGGCGAAAACUAGCGUGGAGUCCUGACUGUUCAUUGCUGGUAUUAGCAUGUAGUAACGGUUAUCUAUCGUUCUUCAAUUCUUUGGGGAACAACGUUUUCAAUAUAAGCCCUAAAAGUUUGAAUACAAAUCAGAGCUCGAAUGUUCUAGAGGCUGGAGAUGCGGUUGCGUCAAUGAUAUUCCUUAAAACUAGAGUUAAGAGCCUCAAAUGGGCCUACGAAUUCCUCGUCAUAAAUUAUAGCGGACUCUUAAAAGCAUAUUACGUUUCUGCAACUGACGUCUUUGAGGAAAGCCACGAAUUCUCUUUUGGCAGUUUCUACAGGAAUGGUGUGACUAGUGUUGCAUAUAACGAGAGACAUAAUUUACUGUUCCUGGCUGGCAGCAAUAUCACGCAAAAUGUAAAUACUACAUCUUCCAAGUGGGGUUUAACUUCUUGGCGAAUAUUAAAUGAUGUUCCGUACUAUAAGCUGUCUUUCACAAAUGAAGAAAAGGAUACCUCAACCUCAGGACUUUCUAUAUGGAGCUACUUGCCUUCAUUACGAGCUCAAGUAGAGUCCAUAAUAUUCAAAAUUAGCAUAUCACCCAGUGGAGAAUUUAUGGCUUGUCUACACACAGAGAGUUCAAUAACAAUUUGGCAUUUACCAAGCCUCAGGCUCCACAGAAGAUGGGAACUUAAUGAGCAGCCAGAUUUCAAUGCCAGGAAUCCACUGGGUGUUGUUAAAAUCAGGAAACUACCUGCAGGAUUAUCUGAGUUUCAUCCCAUGGACGUUGACUGGUGGUCUAAUCAUUCGGUUAUAAUCGCAAGAUACUGCGGCUCUGUAUCGGUCUGUUCAAUAAAAGAUUUGCGCAAUUUGUUGGGAUCCAGUCCAGAAUUUCUCUAUGGGCAACCACAAAUCUUAGAGUUAUGCCCAGAGCGAGGAUUCCUCAGCCUAGACUGUGAAACUUUGUUGACUAGCAAGAAAAGGAGCAGGGAUUCUAACAACGAGAGUCAAAAUUCAGAAUCAUCAGCGGAGAGUGAGAAGGAAGAAGAUGAUCAAGAGAAAACGACAGUUUUACAAUAUGCUGGGAGUCUACUGCAAGGUGCUUUGUACUCUAUUACAGACAUGGAGAAGUUUCAGCCAAAACGAAAGAAGUCAAAAUUAGUUCAUCGCACUUAUAGAAUAUUAGGAUUAAAAAGCACCACUCCAGAGGAAUUAUAUUUGAGAAAAAUUGAAAUAGAGGAAUAUGGUGAGGCAUUGGCGCUAGCUAGAUCAUACAACUUAGACACGGAUUUGGUUUACCAAACGCAGUGGCGUAAGUCUGAGUUUUCGUUGAAUGCUAUAAAAGACCAUUUGAGUAAGGUGAGUAAGAGAUCUUGGGUCCUUAACGAGUGUGUUACUCGAGUACCCGAGACGAUUGAAGCCACAAGGGAACUCCUAAACUUUGGUCUACGAGGCGCAAAUCUGGAGACCCUAUUAACCAUUGGCAUAAAAGAUGAAGGUAAAUUCACCCCGGAUGAUGCCUAUGAAGAUUACAAGGAUGAUUUAGACGAGACCAAUACUAAUCUCAGACAGAUACAAAAAACCAAUCAGAUUCUUGAAAAAAUAAACAUUAACGAUCUUUCCGAAGAGCAAAAGGAACUGGUGAAAUACAGACGGAAGCUUCUAGACCAUCUAGAUAAAUUGCAAACUUAUGAAAUCAUACUAGAAGCACCUUUCAUGUAUGAUAAAAACUUCUACGAAGAAUUCCGCAAGUUCAGCGCCUUAGAGAAUACUGUUAGAUUUGCAAAGGACAGUAAUUAUCGAGCUGUUGACAUAAUGUUCACCUAUAACAGUGCAAAGAUUCUUCCACAUUGGUUGGCCAUACUGAGCUUCUUUCCCGAGACUCUGAAGCCAUCUGAUUACGAAAAGCUUUUACCAGAAUGUGACAGCGAAGGACGUCUAUUUCUUCCUGAUCAACGAGAGUUACGCCAAAAAGAUUGGUCAGAAAAAAGCGAAUUCGAUAAUGCUCUAGGUCUAUCAGAUGAUGAUGGAUUGGAACUGAUAUACCAAUGCGACCCUACCCUGACUGCUUACAGAAACGUACCCUUGACUCAAGAGCUACUUGAACGCUGGUACAAGUCGAGAGCCUACCAAAUUGAAAGGAAUAGUUUUAUGGUGGGCAAUGCCCUUGAUUUGAUUCGGAUUGGAAAAUCAAGAAACGUGGCAGAGCUAGAGAACUUUUUAUUUGCAUUGGAGACUCUAGACGAUUUAGUUUAUAAGGUAAACAUGGAAGACAUGUCUUUGGCUAAGUUAGAGAAGCUCACUGACCUCGACAAGGUCAAACUACUUAUGAGCAGGUCUGACGAGGAAAACUUUGUGGAUAAUAUAAAGAAUCUUGUCCUUCCAUUUAUUCACAGAAGAGAAAAACUCCAAACUGAAGAAAAUUCCCUUCAAUUAUUGCAUAACUAUUUGGUGAGCAUAAGUCUAGAUGAUUUAACACGCCCACUGAAAUUUUUCGAGUACUUGAAACAGACGCUAAAUACGGAAAUAAUAAAAGAAUCGAUGGACGUUGUAAAACUUGCCUUAGACUGCAUCUACUCCUGCAAUGAUCCUAAGAUGUAUGAAAAGGCUAAAUGCAUAUUUGAAUGUAUCCCAGUUACCUCUGGGGAAUUGGAAUCUGCUCCAAUGUAUGAGGUCAUCGAAGAACUCGAGCAAGAACUGGAGUGUUUAAAAACUUUGAGCGAAUAUAACGUAAAAACUACUCUGAGCUACAUUAAAAAUAACAAAAAAAUUCCUGAGACAGUUAAGCUCCUGUUAAUUCAAAUGGCUAGAAACGUGAACCUACAACCACGAAACGAGAAAUUGUGGCCCCAGUUACUCAACGACAUACUCAAGCUUCAUGAGUCUACGUUUUCGUGUUUGGACAUUGAGGUGUGCUUUGAAAUUUGCGUAUCUGCACGAUUGACGUCUGGGGAUAAGUUGACUAUUCAGAACUCUGAGGGCCUAAUUGAAACCAAAAGGACUGAAAAGUCGCUACUUAAAGUUCCCUAUGAAAAAGCAGUGGAUCUGAUCCUUCAAGCAAGCAUCGAGUACUUCAAUAGUUCAAAAAGCCUCACCGACAGCAGCAUGGAGCUGGCCAAAGCGUGCCUGUAUCUCAUUCAAGACGACAAUCCGGACAUCAAAGAAGAGUACGAGCUCAUAAGCUCAUUGCAAAUUUUGAAUGACUUCAAUGUCAACAUCUUACCCCUACAGGUCAGAUUUAGUCAAGACAGAAUCAAACUCAUCGAAAGUUGUUUGAACAGCCAAGAAGACGCUUACAAGAGUACACAGAGACUUCUUACCCUUGCCAGCUACCUCAGGGUCGAGAAAUACAAUCCUAGAACUCGUGAUGGCAAAGUUCUUGAGCUAAUUGCUCAAAAAGCAUACCAGGUAAAAGACUUUGAAGUCUGUGCGACAACCUGCCAACGUUUGAUUGAUCAGAGCAGCUCAUCUGCAUGGAGAAUUGUCUUUGAUUUAGGAAAUGAAGAGGAUUAUCAGGACCUGAAGUUCAGACGAAAAUGUUUAUCAUUUGCGUUAAAUUGUGGCCCUAAUGAUUUACUAGAGACCAUAAUUCAGCGGAUGCAGUUACUAGAGAUACAGAUCCUUCAUAAAGACCUCGAUGCUUUGUUUCAAGAACAAGUUUCUGAAAACUACAACGUAUUUGAAAGCGAGGACGAAUUUACAGACGCCAUGACAACGCCUCAAGUCGAGUCAAAGGAGUUUGUUCCAACGAUCUUAGGAACGUCAACGGAUAUGGUUCGAAGUUCGGCCGAACUUGUAAAAAAGUCCACUUAUUCAAUACUCAGAAAUGUAGGAAACAAAGACUUCUGGAAGAACACGUUAAAUCUUAAUUUUGCUGCACAAAGUGGGGAAGUGUUCCAGAGAGAGGAUGAAAUCCUAAAAUUAGAUGCUCCAGAAAAAAGUCCCCAGAGCUUUUCCUGCUUUUAUGAAAGCCUACACAAUGAUUCGUCAGUCAGCAUCUUUGAAACCGAUUACACAAAGUAUUCAAUGCCCGAUCUUAAUGAGAACAAGUUUAAACUUUGCCAAAAUUUAGUCAGAGUUGCUUUACUAGGCGAAUCUGCCUGUUACGGAAUUGAAGUCAGCAAUAUUGAUCAUUUAUUCGUGGAGUGUGCUCGUCAUAUCUUAACGGAAGAUUGUCUUCUGGGAAUAUCUUAUUUGAUGAGUCUACGCAAUUUCGAAUUAGACUUUGUCAAGUCGGCUUUUGAGGAUAUCCCAGAUGCGGAUUUGAGACUUCAACUAGCAGCAUAUUUUUACUCAUUGGAGUUAUACAAGAAACUGUUCCCCGACCGGUGUCCCGGUUACAACUACGAUCCACUGGAAUUGAUUAUCUGCAUGACAAAAGCAGCGAAAGACACUGAAGAAGAUAACUGUAAAAUUGUAGAGGGUCUGAUCUACUGGUCUGCAUGCCUUCUAAAUUCCAAAGAACUUGAAGCUGAAAGUAAUCAGCUCGAAGUCGACGAGGAGCAGAGCACAGAACCAGAAAACGUACCGGAUAUUCCGCCUUCAACUCUCAAAGCAGCUUACGAUAGAUUUUCAGCUGAAGCGAUGUCCUUCGAAUCAAAUGAUGAGGGAACAGGGUGGGACGACGCGUGGGGAGACUUCUCUGAGGAUAGUGAAACAGAGGAAAAGAUUCUCGAGGUCAACGCGGUAGAGAAAUCCGUUUCCGAAUUAGAGAGAUUUGAGUCUUUCGAAAAUCUUUUGCAAAAAGUAAACGGUGAGGAGGAAUAUGUCAAGGCAAAGGAAAAACUGUUUGCCUGGGAGAAAUUCGAGAAGCCGGAAUUAACGACAGUGGAUAAACACCCGGCACUGAAAUUGAUCCGGAUAAUCAAUGAAAUUUUCAAAGGCGAGAAUGAGCGGUUGAUGGAAUGCAAAGAGAUCCUUAGCCGUCAAACUGUAGUUGAAGACGUAUUGAGAGAGUUUUUGAAUAAUUCGAAAAGUUGCUUGAAUUUGGAAUUGGAAAUUUUCGUCAGACUAUCAUCGGAUUACAGAUCGCUCCAAGAAGAGGGUGUGCACAUGUUGAAGGAACGAUAUCAGGAACUUGAAUUGUCCCCGAUGAUACUGCGUGAAAUAUUCUUCAAGAAUUUGACUGGUUCAUUUCACCCUAACCACACUGUGUUCAAAGAAGUGAUACAAGAAGUUUCGAGCAAUUUCCAUACGAAGGAUAUAAAAGAGGAGCUGAUAUCACUAGCUGAGGUGCUGAUAGCUCAUCGUUACCUUCCGCAGGCAGCUGCUCUGAAAAAUCUUGCGUAUUCCGUGCCUAGAUCUUUGCGGACCUUCGAUUCUGGUCUCGAUUCAUUCAAUAGAUAACGAAUUUUAUGGUGAUUAUGACGAUUAUCCAUUAUCCGCUGUUGUUACACCACUGUUGUUAAUAAAGGGACUAAUUACUUUA